AUGUCCAAACAAGACAUCACCCCAGCCUCCCUCGAGACCUUCCUCGAGCACGACACCAAGGUCAAGCUCGCCGGCCUCGACGUCGACGGCAUCCUCCGCGGCAAGCUCGUCUCCAAGAAGAAGUUCCUCUCCAUCGCCUCCGCCGGCUUCGGCUUCUGCUCCGUCAUCUUCGGCUGGGACAUGCACGACCAGACGUACAUGCGCGAGCUCAAAAUCUCAAACGCCGCCAACGGAUACCGCGAUCUGCUCGCCAUCCCGGACCUCUCCAGCUUCCGCAGGAUCCCCUGGGAGGACAACGUCCCCUUCUUCCUCAUUACCUUCCACGACCCGGACACGAAGCUGCCCGUUUGCGCUUGUCCGCGCGGGCUGUUGAGAACGCAGCUCGACCGUCUGCGCGCCAAAGGCUACGGCGCAAUGGCUGGUGCCGAAUACGAAUUCUACACCUUCCAGACCCCCGACAAGUCCUCAUCCCCCGCCGCCUUCCUCCAGAACAACCCGCCGCACCAGCUGCCGUCGUUGACCGAGGGCAUGUUUGGCUACUCCCUCACGAGGCCCGUCCACAACAAGGAGUAUUUCUACGAGAUAUUUGACACCUGCUCCGCCUUCUCCUGCGAUAUCGAGGGCUGGCACACCGAGUCCGGGCCCGGUGUCUUCGAGGCCGCCCUCGAGUUUGGCGAAGUCGCCCAGAUGGCCGACCGCGCCAGCCUGUUCAAGUACGUCGUCAAGAGCGUCGGCGCAAAGCAUCGCAUCACGCCCUGCUUCAUGGCCAAGCCCAGACAGGGGCUGCCCGGAAACAGCGGCCAUAUGCACGUGUCCAUCGUCGACGAGAGCGGCAAGAACCUGCUGGCCAGAGACACGGUGGAUGAGAAUGCGCCCUGGAAGGACGUGGCCGGGCUGUCAGACCUGGGACGCCAUUUCCUCGCCGGCGUCCUCGAGGGCCUCCCCGAUAUCAUGCCCCUCCUCGCGCCCACCAUCAACUCGUACAAGCGCCUGGUCGAAAACUUUUGGGCCCCCGUGACCGUCUCCUGGGGCCUCGAGCACCGCGCCGCGUCCAUCCGCAUCAUCGCGCCGCCCACGUCCAAGGCCUCGGCCACGCGCUUCGAGAUCCGGGUGCCCGGCGCCGACUCCAACCCCCACUACGUGCUCGCCGCCGUCCUGGGCUGCGGUUGGCGCGGAGUUGAGAAGAAGCUCGAAAUUCCGUGCCCGCCGCUGGCCAUGGGCGAGAACGUCGGCGGCGCCUCCGACCAGGGGGCGCGGCUAGCCAGGAACCUGAGGGAGGCCACGGCGCGGUUCAUGGCCAAGGACAGCAUCGCGAGGGAGGUGCUGGGCGAUGAUUUUGUCGACCAUUUCGGGGGCACCCGCGAGAAUGAGAUUCGGCUGUUUGACGAAGCCGUGACAGACUGUAGCGCCACUUGUAGGUCUCUCCAUUAUGCGCUGCUUGUAUGCCCCCUUGGGGAAGAGGAGAACGUCCCGUUGCUGAUUCCCAUUUGUCUGCAGGCCAACGAGGACUCGCGAUGGGUGUCCCUGAAUAGCAUCACGUACAAAGACCCCAAGGGCAUCGAGCGAACCUGGGAAUCGGCCGAACGACGCACUCGCCCCUCCACCGCAGACGUUGAUGGCGUCGGUAUCGUCGCCAUCCUCGACAAGCCCACGGGCAAGGAGAUCAUCCUGCAGAAGCAGUACCGGCCGCCGCUUGACAAGGUCGUGAUCGAGGUCCCCGCCGGACUCAUCGACGAGGGCGAAACCCCUGAGCAGGCUGCCGUGCGCGAGCUCAAGGAGGAGACGGGCUACGUCGGUGUUGUGUCGGAGACAACCCCCAUCAUGUACAACGACCCAGGAUUUUGCAGCACGAAUCUGCGCAUGGUACAUGUCACGAUCGAUAUGGAUCUGCCGGAGAACCAGGACCUGAAGCCAGAGCUGGAAGAGAACGAGUUCAUCGAAGUCUUCACCGUGCCGUUGGCGAACCUAUGGGAGGAAUGCAAGAGAUUGGAGGCGGAAGGAUAUGCGAUUGAUGCACGAGUAGGCACGUUUGCCGAGGGUAUCCUGCUGGCCCAGAGAUUAAAGCUAUAA